GGUUCACACUUCACAGUUUGCAACUCUUAUCCACACACUACCCAAUUUCUAGAGAGAGAAAGCAACACCACCAUCUCUACGAAGGCCUCAAAUGGCGAUUUCUUUGGGGGUUUUCUCUACCUUCUUGGUCGACGACACGGCGUUGUUCUCCAAGUCGUCGUCUUCGUCUCUGCGGCUUGUCGGAGCUCCAGUUGCUUCUCCUGCUCGUGUUAGCAUGCGCACAGUGCGCAUGGUUACCUAUGCCACCGCGUCGAAGCCGGCGACUGUUCCCGGGAAGCGGGAGCCGAGAGGAAUCAUGAAGCCCCGCCGUGUGUCGCCGGAAAUGCAAGCGUUCCUCGGCGGCGUCCCUGAGAUCCCUCGCACCCAAGCCCUCAAGCAGAUUUGGGCUUACAUCAAACAGGAAAACCUUCAGGACCCUGAAAACAAGAAGAUCAUAGUGUGCGAUGAGAAGCUGAAGAGUAUAUUUGCGGGGAAGGAGCGUGUUGGGUUUCUUGAGAUCGCCGGAUUGAUCAAUCCUCACUUUCUUAAAUGAGCAAACUGCAGGAGAUGGUUUUAGACUUAAUUACCAUACAAAAACUGCUAUGUAUAUGAGGGUUUGUGGCUGAUAAUAUUGCUCAGAGAGAGACCAGUAGGGCUUUUGGUAAGGUUUUCAAGUCUGCCUAUAUCCACAGGCAUUGCCCUUUCUGGAUUUUGUGGAAUAGUUUCCCCUUUUGGGCUUCCUUAAUUAAUGUGUAGGCUUCCGAAUGCAAUGUUUUUAGUUCUACUGAAUCUGGUGUUUUGUUGUACAGACUCUGCGAUGCAAGAAUUUAUGCCCUAGCUGGUGUUUUAUUA